AUGGACCUCUGCAUCACCGCCGAAGAGCCUUUUGCUUACGAGCCGCCCAAGACCAAGCCUUUUACGCCAGUCUCGCCUCCUCUCACUCGAGCCGAGACUCGCAACACUUCAACCUCUGGCCUUUCAGCGUACCCGACUUCCCUGCCCUCCAUUAUAGGAGCUUCUGAGCUCGAUUUCGAUCUCAUCAUUCAUGAUCCCAACAACAAUGACAGCUCUCUGACUUAUCCGUGGGAUUGUCCUCAUACGCCCCUGCGCAUUGCCCUAGACACCUCCAGAGUCCAUCUCCUCAAUCUUCUGCGCGAACAACUCCCGCUCCCCGAAUCAAAAAAAUCCCGCCGCGCUCGCUCAACUUGUCGCCCUAAGCUCAUCGCUGCAACAAUGUACUGGACCUUCCGCGGCUCUAUUCUCCCGAUUGGACUGAGUGACAAGGACUGGCACUAUCAUCACCCCAUCACCAAGACUGACAUCAUGGCUCGCACUGAGCUUGAAUGGUUUCUACUCAAGGAGAUGAUGGCUUCAUCCGGAGGCGCUCUCAAGUGCUAUAUUGCCAUUCGUGGUGAAAUCCUUCCGACCAAGAAGACGACUGGCUGGUGGUUUGGCGGCACUGCGUAA